AUGUCUCGGGUCGCCCUCGGAACCUUUGCUCUGCGGCGUCUGCUCCGUGUGUCGCGAUAUCCGUCUUCGUCUGUGAAAUUCCAUUCAGCUGUAUCUCUGAGGAUGGGGGCCACAGUGGAGCAGUUUGAAGAGGCCAAGACCAGACUGGCGACUCUGAAGAAAGAUCCGGGGAACGAGACCAAACUGCAGAUCUAUGCUCUUUUCAAACAGUCGACCUCGGGUCGCUGCACCACAAGCCGCCCCGGCAUGCUGGACUUCAUCAACCGAGCCAAGUGGGACGCAUGGAGCGCUCUGGGGGACACCACGCAGGAAGAUGCCCGUCAGCAGUACUGUGAUCUGAUUGGCUCUCUAGUAGCAGCAGAAGGAGGAAGUCCCGCCUCUGUGUCCGCAAAGCCUGCUGGGAGUCCUCAGUUUGAGACUCUUUUGGUGACGACAGAAGAUCAAAUCACAACCAUCAAACUGAACCGCCCAGAGAAGAAGAACGCCAUCACUACUGAGAUGUACAAUGAGAUCAUCGCGGCUCUGGACCAGGCCUCUAGUGACUCGUCCGUGCUCACGGUGUUCACAGGUGCUGGAGACUUUUACUGCAGUGGGAACGAUCUGACAAACUUCACCAAGAUCCCAGACGGAGGAGUGAAGGAGAUGGCAGACAAGGGAGGGGAGCUGCUCAGGAAUUAUAUAAAGGCGUACAUUGACUUCCCCAAGCCGCUGGUUGCCGUGGUGAACGGGCCGGCGGUGGGCGUUUCCGUCACCGUGAUGGGGCUUUUUGACCUGGUGUAUGCCACUGAAAGGGCCUCCUUCCACACGCCCUUCUCUCAGCUUGGACAGAGCGCUGAGGGAUGCUCCUCCUACACUUUCCCCAAACUCAUGGGACACGCUAAGGCCUGUGAGAUGCUGCUCUUUAAUAAGAAGCUGACGGCGGCUCAGGCCUGUGCUCUGGGGUUGGUGACAGAGGUGUUUCCUGACGCCACGUUCCAGACUGAGGUCUGGACUCGACUGAAGACCUACGCCCAGCUGCCCCCCAAUUCCCUGUCCCUGUCCAAGCAGCUGAUCCGAGGCUCAGAGAAGGCUCUUCUUCACAAAGUGAACGACGCUGAAGUGGAGCUCCUGAAGGAGAGGUGGACCUCAGACGAGUGCUUCAACGCUGUAGCAAGUGAAAACGGGAGAAGAACAGCAGCAGAGGAACCAGAAGCACAAGUCACAGAACAAAGUGUGUCUGAAGAAGAGUCAGCAGGAGGCGGCAGCAGACCCACCUCGCUGCAAGGCAGAGAAGCCAGCGGGAACAACGAAGAGGCCGAAGUCAAGCAACAGCGGUACCAGUGGAUAAAAUACGAUUGA